CGUGUAAUUUAUUUGAACCCUGUGGUUCAAAGAUGGCGGCCUCCUUCCCCUCUUUGCGAACCGGUUUUGUGAGGGUUUUCUACAAGAUCAACGGUCUGCCAAGUUUUUCGCGCUCAAUUUGGGUAAUAUGUAGAAAUCGAAAUUUUAUCAGAAAGAUUGGGUACUUGUCGUGGUCCAGGUCUUAUCGCUUCUGGUACAGUACUCUCACUGUUCCCCCACUCAUAGGCUUUAGUUUGUUUGGAAGCUCUUCAAAUGUACAGCCAGAAGUGCUGCCAACGCCCAAAGCCAGCGAAGAAGACCUUGCCCUUGAGAAAGCUGAUGAACUCUUUGAUAACAAUGCUAUUGAUGAGUUGUAUGAAGUGUUGAUUAAGUUUAAAGAGAGUGACAAGGCAGGAACAAUGUGGCGCCUUGCGCGGGCUGCCAGGAACAAAGCAGAGAGAGCAAAAGAUGGUAAUGAGAAGAAGAAAUUUACCUAUGAGGCUCUAGAGUAUGCUAAAAAGUCUGUUGAACUGGAUGAUAGGGAUUUUGCCUGCCAUAAGUGGUAUGCCAUCACUGUAAGCAAUGUGGGAGACUUUGAAGGCACAAAAACAAAAAUACAGAACGCUUAUACCAUCAGAGAUCAUUUCCAGAAAGCAGUGGAUCUUAAUCCUACAGAUGCAACCUCACGCCAUUUACUUGGUCUCUGGUGUUUCACAUUUGCUGACAUGCCUUGGUACCAGCACAAGCUAGCUGCCGCUAUAUUCUCCACUCCUCCAUCUUCAACGUAUGAUGAGGCACUGAAUCACUUCGAGAUGGCUGAAUCAUUACAGCCUAACUUCUUCAGUAAAAACCAUCUUAUGCUUGGAAAGACUUAUGCUCGGCUGAAGAAGCUAGAGAAAGCCAAGUUCUGGCUGGAGAAGGCCGCAAACUGUGUGUGUAGGACUGUGGACGACGAACAGGCAAAGAAAGAGGCCUCUGAGCUUAUUAAAGGGCUUUGAUCAAGCACAAGAUCUAUGCCUGACAGUCGGAUGAGCAUGUUACGCACAGAACAGGAACCUUAUGCCACACCUCAACAACCACAACCACAUGGCAAAAACCACCUUUGAGAUUUUGUAAAGAGAUUUGCGAGAGUGUAUUUCUAAAGACAUAUCCUUGCAUUUGUGACAAUGAUAUUUAUUAAUCCAAUUUUAGAUCUUCUGUUCCUGUUCAGAACAUACAAGAGAGUGUCUGUUUUAAACAUACUUUUGUGCAUUUCUUCAAAGCCUGUUAAAUUGUCAUUAUUUAAGAUAAAAUAAAACUCAUGCCCACUUUAUGUGGCUUUUGCAGGA